CAGUAUUGUGCUUUUCGCCACAUUCCGCGCCUGAACGCAAAGCCUCAAUCCUGUACACAAGUUCUCGUUGCUAUCUGUGUAAUUGCAACGAGGCGCCUUUCACGUUCUUCUGGAGAAUUAAUCUGUGGAAAAACUCAAUGUUUUGGGAAAAAUAAACGAGCUACGUCUUCGCACCUAACAUACUGACCACACUUCUGAAAGUGCUGCCUGGCAUCCAGUCCCUUCUGAUCCACCUACUUUGUUACCAUGGCAACGGAGGAGAAAAAGCCAGAGAUUGAAGCGGCUAAAACGGCAUCUGCAUCAUCUGCCUCAGCAGGCCAGAGCAAGUCAGCACCUGUGAAGCCAAACUACUGCCUGAAGUUCACGCUCGCUGGCCAUACCAAGGCUGUCUCCUCAGUCAAGUUCAGCCCCAGUGGAGAAUGGCUGGCCAGCUCUUCUGCUGAUAAAUUGAUCAAAAUAUGGGGAGCCUACGAUGGGAAGUUUGAAAAAACGGUGUCUGGACACAAGCUGGGUAUCUCGGACGUUGCGUGGUCCACCGACUCAAACCUCCUGGUUUCUGCGUCGGACGACAAGACCCUGAAGAUAUGGGACGUGAGCUCGGGGAAGUGCCUCAAGACGCUGAAGGGCCACAGCAACUACGUGUUCUGCUGUAACUUCAACCCCCAGUCCAACCUCAUUGUGUCGGGAUCGUUUGACGAGAGUGUGCGCAUCUGGGAUGUAAAGACGGGGAAAUGUCUGAAGACCCUGCCCGCACACUCUGACCCCGUCUCUGCAGUUCAUUUCAACAGAGAUGGCUCCCUGAUCGUGUCCAGCAGUUAUGAUGGCCUCUGUCGGAUCUGGGACACAGCGUCGGGACAGUGUCUCAAAACGCUUAUCGAUGACGACAAUCCUCCCGUCUCAUUUGUGAAGUUCUCCCCCAAUGGAAAAUAUAUCCUGGCAGCCACCCUAGACAACACACUGAAGCUUUGGGACUACAGCAAAGGAAAGUGCUUGAAAACCUACACUGGCCAUAAAAAUGAGAAGUACUGCGUCUUUGCCAAUUUCUCUGUUACUGGAGGGAAGUGGAUCGUCUCUGGUUCAGAGGACAGCAUGGUAUACAUUUGGAACCUGCAGACAAAGGAAAUUGUACAGAAACUGCAGGGACACACAGAUGUGGUGAUCUCCACUGCCUGCCACCCCACAGAGAACAUCAUCGCUUCUGCAGCGCUGGAAAACGACAAAACCAUAAAGCUGUGGAAGAGCGACUGCUAAGCCCCUCGAAUCCGCUGGAUUUUAUUUACAUUUUUUGUUGGAAAAGAGGACUUUGCGGACGGAAUGAGGCUGAGCCCUAGAAAAUAUGGGCCAGGCUGCCCAAGGAAGGGCAGAACCCAGUCCGGGCUGAACGGAACCACCAGCUAAGCUAAGCUUCCAGCAAGCCUCAAAAGACCCCAUUCACAUCCCACUCCACCCCCCCCCCCCCACAUCUCUUCAGGCCUUAUUUUAACAGUGUGAACUUGAUCUUUGUGUUUCAUUAAAAGCAAUUAUAGUUGUAAUCAGUCUCUUGAUGAAAUAGGCUAGCUUUGGCUUGAACCUUGAACACAGUUUCUUGCACAGUUUUGCAUUGGCAAGACUGUAGCCGUUUGAGCAUUGUUAGCUUUGCAAGUGCUAAGACAUUUCUGUGCUAAUCUCAGUGGUUGGAUAGCUGUGCCUGCUGUAACGUGGAGUAGAGGCUGGUGCAGGUGAGAGGUACACCCCUUUAACAGGUCUGCACGCUCCUCACAACAGAUCAAACAACACUCCCCUCCCCAAAAAAAUAAAAUUAAUCCCUAACCCCCUGGAAUGUCAGGGUUGUGGAAUGGAGACUCCUAUGUAUCAACACAUUAUGGUUAAAUUAGAAGGGAAAGGAGCGAAAAAUACACACACACUUGAAUACAUGUUCGUGAUUUUCCCUUUUGGUGAAAGUGGCCAAUAAUAGGGUGAGAAAUUUGGUUUAUAGCCCCAAAAUAAGGUGGUUUGGAUAAUUUACGCACACAAGUAGUUUUUGCCGAGUUUGUUCUAAGCAGAAGGACUUCAUGCAUCUAUUGAGUGGACAAGAUGGUUUUUGCAUCCAUGCAGAUAAGGUAGCCAGACACCUUUUUAUAUACAUGUCCUUGUCUUGUUAUAGCACAUAGUCUACCUUCCAAAAGUAUUCUGUUAAACAGCGGUGUGAUGUUAAACAGUCUGGUUGUUUUUCUGAAAUUCUGUGUUAAACCCAUCACAUAUGUUGUAUUAACUGCUGAAAGCAUUUUUAUUUUAUUUUCGUGAUGCAUAUUUCUCCCACAAACACAUCUGUCCGUGAAGGAGCCUCUUCUUUCCUGUACUGAGCUGGCAUUUUGAUAGCAUGCUUGUCCCGGUGCUGAAAGGGUAACACUUUACUGCUUCCAUGCCUGAUACCGUUCAUUUGUUUUUAAACAGCCACUGCUGUGAAAUGCAGCGGUUAGGCUACAUUUAGUAAUAUCUCCACAGUUACAGUAUCAACCAACACCACCUUUCAUUCUCUAUUCUGCUGUGAUGGCAGUAACCUAGUGACAAUGCCAUGAUUACCAAAACAUGGUGCGCAAUGUUGUGAGGGUCCACUGUGCAUGUGAUUGUUUUGUGCAGAAUACUCUACUUAAGCUAACAAUCAGCUGAGUCUGAAGUCGUGUGUAGUUAAAGCUCUGCAACAUCACGUUUUUCUUUAAACUUCAAGGCCAAAACGGACAGUACAAGCAACUACAGUGAGUGCGGGACUAUAAAACGUUGAUACUAGGCCAAGUUAAGGGGUUCCUAGACCAGGGAGAGAACAUCUGUGUACAUUGGCUUUUAUUACAUCCUUAAAUUCCAAUUGGUUGAGGGCUGUUAAUAGUUUUUACUUAGACACUUUACAUGUUUAGUGAGGGAUUGCAGACGUAUACGUAUAGUUACAAAAAAUGUUUAUGCCGUCAUCAUGUAAUGACUUCAAAGCAGUCAUAUCUGACAUUUGAUUUCAUUUUCUGUAAUGUGCUGUGGCAAAUUUUUUUUUCAAAGGGUCACACUUUGCACUGAUUAAUUCAUUGAUGGACCUGAAAUCAGUGAGUUAUAAAUGCUGAAUAUAUGGACUGAUAAUUGAAGCUUAAACCAUUUGUGGAAAAUGAAUUGUUAAAAUAUAAAAUGUAAACAAGCCUUA